UUACGCGAGAUGGCGGCGCUCGCUUCGGCGGCUGGAGGCGGGCGGCGCCGGCGCGCUGAGGCGGGGCGGCCCCAUUGUGCGGCGCUGCGGUAGCGCCGCGGCCUUUUCUGCCGGGGAUGGAGGACGGCGGCGGGGCGGGAGCGGCGUCCGCGCCCCCGGGGGUCCCCGCCGGCCUCUCGGCCUCCCAGCGCCGAGCCGAGCUGCGGCGGAGGAAGCUGCUGAUGAACUCGGAGGAGCGGAUCAACCGCAUCAUGGGCUUCCACCGGCCCGCGGCGGGCAAGGAUGAUGAGAGUCACACAGAAUCAAGGCUUCAGCACGAACAAGAUAAAUCAAACUCCCUUCCCAUUCCUUCAGUGACCAAGCGAAUUGUGCUUGGCGACUCUGUCUGUAAUUUGGCAAGCACAGCUGACCAUGCAGGCAGCAUGGUAGACCUAAAAGGGGAUAAGGACUUGUUCAGCAAAACUCCAGAGCUUGUCAAUGAGGGUACAAGUGAGCUCCGUCACCGUAAUAGAGGGGAACUGCCAUCUGAAGCUGCACCACGGCCACCUAGACAUGGAUUAGACCAGUACUUAUCCAGAUUUGAUGAAGCUCUGAAGCUGAGGAACCAGCUGAUGAAUGAGAAGCCAAGCCAAGAGAAUGGGAAUGCAGUGGAGGAGUUUGACUCUUUCCGCAUUUUUAGAUUGGUGGGAUGUGCUCUGCUUGCCAUCGCAGUCAGGGCUUUUGUGUGCAAAUACUUGUCAAUAUUUGCACCAUUUCUUACUCUACAACUUGCUUACAUGGGACUGUCCAAGUACUUUCCAAAGUGUGAGAAGAAGGUGAAAACGACAGUAUUAACUGCUGCUCUUUUACUGUCUGGAAUACCCGCAGAAGUGAUUAGUCGCUCCAUGGACACCUACAGCAAAAUGGGAGAUGUUUUCACAGACCUCUGUGUUUAUUUCUUUACUUUUAUCUUUUGCCAUGAACUUAUUCUGGUUUUUGGUUCUGAAGUACCAUGAUGGCUGUAGAAUUCAACGCAGUAGUUACACUAAAGCUUUCUGGACUGUAUUCCUUUAACGUCUGACUGUGCCGACAGACAGGUUUAAAUCUUCAUUAAAAUUCUUACCUGUUUGAAUGCUUGAAAGGAGCCUUAAAUCCAGUCAUGUUGGGAAAGGAAGAGCAGGGUCCCAGACUGCCAGUUGUAUUGGUUCAGUUUAUUUAAAUACUGUGUCUGCCUAUUACAAAUGUGAAGAAUAAGAUGCAAGUGUCAGUGGAUGAUAUAUUUGUUUUGGUUAGAUAAUGCCCUUCUCAGCUUCCUUCAUAAACAUUUACAAAGCUGCCUUUGUUCUUUUCAGUGAGAACAAAGAGAAGAGAAUUCCUCUCAGCAGAACCAUAUAUAUAUAUAUAUAUAUAUGUAUGUAUCUCCUGUAUGACUGUAGCUAACAAGAAGUGCUUAUUUUGUGAUGGUCCCAUUUUUUUUUAGAAAGUUCUAAAUAAAAGAAAUCCCUGCAUUCUGUUGUUUAAAUUCAGAAUGUUGAAUCAAUAGCUACUUCUGGAGAAUACUUGUUGAAACAUGCCACACUGUUGUCCUAAUCCUUGCCUUGCUAUACAUUAUUUGUUGUGAUUGUGAUUAAUUUCAUUUGAUGAUUGUAAUGCAAAACAGCUAAGCAAACCAAUAACAAAAAAAGUCCCGUUGCUUACAAAUGUUAUUAACAAUUUUGUUUCUUCCUACUUUUUGAUUAAUCUGACCUGUUUGUGAGUUUCCAGCAACCUAAUUCUAGUGUAGCUCAUACACAUGCUUUUAUUUAUUUUAACAGUUCAUUUCAUGAGGGAAAAGUUGUAUAUAUUGGCAACCAACCUACAGUAUCAAAUGUUUGCUCCAGUAUAUGUACAACUUAAAAGGGAAUUAAUUUCUUUCCCUAGCUCCUUGCAGGAUUGCAUAAGACAAUUUCUAAUAUGACACUGAUUUCUGCAGUCUGGCUCUCUAUUACCAGGCAUUUGCAUGUAGACAGGUUCUUAAUUGCGGGAGUUCCACGCCUGCUGCAUACUACUACAACCCAACAGUACAGAGUCUGUGAUUCAGCAGAGUUGAUUAUGUUCACUUUUUGGGUAUGUUUCUGAAACUGCCCCGGUGAAAUCACAAUAGCCAUUCCUGUCUAAAUCCAAUACACUACAAGUGACAGUGAAAUAAAAAACUGUGUUUUGAGUUGACUCCAACAUGAAGGUCUGUGUAUGAAGGGAGAAUAGCAUUUUGUAUUUUUUUUUUCUGUAGGUGUCCAGCCACAUAGUUGAAAACAAGACAAACAAAUUAAUCCUGUCACUUGAUAAAGCAGCAAGCUUGCAAAUGCUUGUUUGUGAUCUUGUAUGAAUUUUGGACAGUGAGAGAGAGGAAGGAAGAGUCCUUCCAAAUAGUCGACUUCAAUGCUGAUGAUCUCUAAAAGUUUCUAUUGAAGCUAAAUGUGGUGAUAUUUUCAACUUGUAGUUUUCUGUUUAGAAUCUGGACUGUCAGGUAAUCUAGGCCAGUGCCUUUUUUUAGCGUAGGGAAGCACCUAUCCAUCUUGGUGUUUGCAGAAUUCUUUUUUUAGGGAGCAGAAGCAUUUGAAGAUGCCUCUUUGAAGUAAACGGCCCUGCCUUUUUUCCAUAAAAGCUUCCUGACUCCUAACUUAGAUACAUGUUUGUUUGUGGCAUGAAAACAAGAAGCUUACAUUUUGAUUUGACCACUGUUUGGGUUUUUUUACUGAUUAUUUUAUUUUACAGUGAGUAUUAAGUUACAGAUGUCCAGGGCUGGGCUGCAAAAGAUUCUGACUUUGAUCUAUUAACACAAAUAUUUAUUCAGAAGCUUUAAAUUUGUUUAUGUUAGACAGGAAUUUCAACAAAUUCAAAUAGCUGUCAUUUAAAUUGUUGAGAUAUGUAAAUAAUGAGUUUGCUCAGAAGUUACACUUGUUCUGACUGUUUAUAUGCCCGAGUGUAAUACAAAUAAAUCGCGAAAAUACUUUGUACUAA